AGAAGAGCGACGUGUUUUCGUCACCGGAUGUCGGAGUGAGUUCAGGCCGGUGAGAGGAGCGGGCUGUCCGGUCAAACUCUCUCAGGAGGUCCCGCGGAGAGCCAUGGCGGCUCUGGCGGCUCAGCCUGACGAGGACUGGCAGGACUUUAACGAGUUUACGGCCGCCUCGGAGAACACGCCGGAGCCGGUCACCUCAGACACGGAGCGCGCUGUGUGCGGCGCGUGCGGGGAGAGGAGCAGCAGCAGCGGCGCGUGCGGGGAGAGGAAGGGCGCGAGGUCCGAGCAGGAGGAUCUGCUCCAGGGUUUCCAGCAGAAGCUGAGUCUGUGUUUCAGCACGAACUGUACAGACCCUGAGAACAUCUCAGAUAUCAAACCCAUCACUGAGGAGGAUCUACUCCGACAGGACGAGAUAUGGAACGCUCUGACGGAUAACUUCGGGAACGUGAUGCCUGUGGAUUGGAAGACGUCCUACACCCGCUCUCUCCAUGUCCCCUCGCUCAACCUCGUCCAGCAACCGAAGGUGGACAGUGUGAAUCUGGACCUGUCUGAUGAUGAGGAGCUCAGGGAGCAGAUGGAUCUUCACUCCAUCAUUGUCUCCUGUGUUAACGAGGAACCGCUUUUUACUGCAGAACAGGUGAUCUCCGAGAUUGAGGAGAUGAUGCAGGAGUCUCCAGACGCAGACCUGGAGCAGUGCGUGUCUUCGCCGGACCUGUCCAUUCUGUCCCAGGAGCUACACACACUCGCACACUCCUCAUCCACCAGCAGCUUCCAAGAGCGUCUGCGCGGUAUGAGCGUGUGUGAUCUGGAGUCGCUCCUGGACGAGGUGGAGAAGAAGAUCAGGGUGUUCUCCGAGGAGCUGAUCGAUCAGCUGGCUCUGCGUGAUGAGCUGGACUUUGAGAAGGAGGUGAAGAACACGUUCAUCUCGCUGCUCAUCGACGUCCAGAACAGACAGAAGGAGGCGAUGAAGAGGAGGAGGAAGGGCAGGAGCGCGGCCGCCACGCCCCGCGGAGAGCGCACACACGCGCCCGGGACUUAUUUAACUACAGUUAUACCCUAUGAGAAGAGAAGCGGCGGUCCGUCAGUUGAAGACCUUCAGAUCCUCACAAAGAUUUUACAUGCCAUGAAAGACGACAGCGAUAAAGUUCCCAGCUUGCUGACUGAUUACAUCCUAAAAGUGUUGUGCCCUACCUAACCUCGGUGAACAGAACUUUCCAGAAAGGUCCAGAUGAAUCACGAUUGCAUUCUUCCUCCAGAAGCCAGAGAUUUUUUUAAAAUGAUUAUUAUCCUGACCCUAUAUUUCAAUACGUCGCUGUUUUAAUGAACGAGUAAAAGCUAUUUUUAUAUUCUAC